AUGACGGAACAAGAGCACCCAGUCAAAGACUUUUAUCUCUUUCUGGAUUGUGAUGACACGCUGUAUAGAGAUGACUGGAAAGUUGCUCUCUCCUUAACCAAAAAGAUUAAUGAUUAUACCACCAAUGUCCUAAAGCUGCCCGACGGCAAGGCUUAUGAAUUGUACAAGAAAUAUGGAACUUGCCUGAGAGGUUUGCAAGUGGAAGGUCUGGGAGUUGGACGACCUGAGUUUGACACGGAAGACAUGCUCUUUCAAAUUCAUGAUCAGUUACCGAUAACUGAAUCUAUAUUACCCAACGCAGACCUGAACGCCAUGCUGAAACGAAUCGACUUGGAACGGGUCUCUCCAUGUGUGUUCACGGCUUCCAUUCAAGAACAUGCAACUCGAUGCUUGCAAGCUUUGGGUAUUUACGAGUCAUUUAUCGUCAAGAACCAAUUUCCUAUCAUUGAUGUUCGCAGUGUCAACUUUUACACCAAACACGACAUUGAAGCCUUGGAAUUUGCCCGAAAAAUUGUCAAGUGUCCUACCGUUCCAGACUAUUCCAAUCGCUGCAUUCUAGUGGACGAUUCCCAAACCAACAUUCGUGUGGCGAAGCAAGCUGGUUGGCAAACAGUCUUGGUGGGCCACAAGACUAGAGAUGGGAAAUCGCAGCUGGAUUUUGAAUAUGCCGACCAUGUGAUUGAUACGGUGGCAGAAUUGGAAGGGAUUCUGCCACAUCUCUUUAAGAGCAAGGGAAGCGAUGACGAGGACGAAGAGGAAAAGAAAGAGGAGGAAGACGCUAACCAUUAG